AUGGGGCGCGAUAUUUCGAAAAGGAAACGGAGCGCUGAGGGAUCCCAAAUGAAAGACAGUGUGUCCCAUUGGGGCUGUGGGGCACGGUUUAUGGGUAUCCUCGGUGUUUUGACAGUCAUUUUAGUGGUGGCCGUUGUUCAUGUGGCAACAAGUGACGAGCACAAAACGUAUUUUGAUGAACUUGUAAGUACUGGAGGCGCCAUACGUUCAGCGCGCAGUGUAAACUCUGUAUCCAACGAGGAAUCAGUGGAAAUUUGCCGUAGUAAAGAAUGCAAAAAAGUAGCGAAGUAUAUAAACGCGUCCAUGGAUUACUCCAAAGAUCCCUGUGUAGAUUUCUUUGAUUAUGUUUGUGGAGGCUGGAUCAAAGCAAAUCCUAUUCCCCGCAGCUCGUCCACCUAUUCCACGUUUGCCAAACUGAAUGGUCGCGUUGAACGCAAUAUAAGACAUAUCUUGGAAAAGGGCAUCACCACUGCGAGCAAAAAAUUAUUCCAAUUGCCGAAGCAUUUCUUCGAGUCGUGCAUGGAUUUGAAAACUAUUGACAGCUUGGGGGAUAAGCCAAUUCGUGAUCUGAUCAACGACAUCGGCUCUUGGAGCAUCGAUGUCAAGUCAAGAUGGAAUGAAAAGGAUUGGGAUUUGGAAAAAACUUUGUUAUUUAUUCACAAAAGCUACACAUCCGCUGGCGGGCCGUUGUUUUCUGUUCAUAUUAGUGAUGAUCCUAUAAACAACACCAGGCACAUAAUUGAGGUGAGGGCCAUUUAAUGGGAAACCUGGUGUGAAUACUAAAAAUGUAAUGGUACUUUUUAAACUCUACAUGAGUCUUUCAUCCCGCCAUUGACAGAUUUCAUUUUCUCUUCACGAACUGGGAAAUCAUCAACCAAUCAAGAAAAGUGAUUUUAAACUUUUAAGAUUCAUUAGAAAGACGUCAUUGAUUGUCAAGAGAAUUCACCCUCUUAUUUACACGAAAAUUCCCUACAGGCAGUAUUGAUUUCAUUUUUACACUUAAACAAGCGGUAAUAAUUCGAAACCCAGAUAGACAUACAGCGAACGGGUGGGCAGAUUGAUAACGAAACACAUGUUGGUAGAUUUUAUAAGUUUUUGAGAUUUUGUAAUGAAAAAAAAUCAACAGUUAUGACAUUGUUCUAAAAGUCUGUCAUGUUUACCGACAUAAUUCUAUUGUGACAAACGUUUAAGAGGCUGUUCUUGACCUGCUGAGCUACACCAGGUUACUUGGCACUUGGCUUGGUUUACCUGCUGUAGAUAAAUGCAACUUGGCAGCCUCCAAACGUUCGCGCUACUUAAAACAAAAUGACAUUUCAACCAAAUCAUCAACCAGAGCUUGACCGUAAAAGGCCUUUUUCACAAGACUGGCAGCAGCAUAUUAUCAACACAUUUAGGACUUUUUAAAUUUACGACACUAUGCGAGCGGAAAAUUUGAAUGUUCGACAGGGUAGAUGUAAAAAUCAAAAUAUCCCUCCAGUUGGGACUGUUGUAGAUUUUUUUUACAACGCAGAUAAAUACCUUGAGGGGAUUGCCUGUAUUUGACCAAAUUGUACCGCGUUUAACGUCAAAUAACGUCAAAAAAUUAGUGAGGUUGUCUAUAUAUUUAGCCCAUGCACAUUUUCUUGAGCGCAUCGAAGUAAAAUUGAGUUGCAACUAAACACUACCGUAAUAUCGAUGAUUUCUGCAGCAGUUAAUCCCGAUCCUUGCUCGCUUAGGCAUGUGCAAAAUAAUCUUUACAUUUUGACCCGGGUGAAAUAUUAGACCAGAUUUUAUACAAUAACGUGGAAUGUCAUUUCAACACCUUAUCAAAGCAAAAAAGGAAAUUAAAAAAAUCUCACCAACGGAUUCCAGCGAGGAAUAAAAGGUGUAAAUGCAAAAAUUUACUCAAGAGUUUAGACUAAUUGAUCUUUUGUAUUGCACUUAUUUGUUGACAACAAUCGAAAGCGGUCCUUUCCUGUUCCCUUUUGAACAGGCAUUGAAUGAAGUCUGUUUCUCGGCAUCCUCUUUAGGAAAAUGGACAUCCAUCUUUUAUCUCAGGCAAUACUUAUUUUCCACAUACCUAAUUUUACUUUUGAAAUGUUUCCAAGGACUUUUCAUCAUUAUUUUGUAUAGAUCUCUAUCUUUUCAUGCACUGAGCUACAACAUAUUUACUUAUGUACCACCAGAUAGAUCAGGCCGGACCCAGUCUCUCUAGAGAGGUGUACUUCGACAGUCCAAAGGUAACAACAUUGGACAUUACCAGGAAAGAUGUGCGAAAUGACAGGGAACUACAAAGGAAACGGGCAUUUUACCAUCUAGCGACGUUUUCCUUACGGGAGAGUUAACUAGACCGAUUGAAUGUUUUGGAGGAGCAGAGAGAAAACGCUAAAAUUUGAUCAUACAAGUUAUAUUAGGGUUUGAUCGAGGGAUGUAGACUAUGAUGUAUUGUGCCUGCAAAUUGCAUGUCAGAAAACCAUUAUGAUAAUAAAUUGCUUGGGUGAGUGGGGGGGGGGGGGAAAGGGGGGAAAGGGGGGAGAACGGAGAAAUGAAGAGGAUCAUAUAAUAAAAACACUCUCAUGCAAACUAGCUUAUUUAGGUAUCGUUUAAGUCUUUUUUAACCCAGCGGGGGGGGGAGAAGAAACAAAAAUGACAGGGGGGAAGGGGGGAAAGAAUUGAGAAAUGAAGGGGAUCGUAUAAUAGCCACCCUUUCGUGCAAACUAGCUGACAUAGAUGUUGUUCAGGUUUUUUUUUUCUUAAGCCAGCCAGGAUCGUGUUAAGCCAUGGGCUUAAGAGGAACAAAAGAAGCUAUGAGCGGGAGAAGGGGUUGCGUGAAAAAAUAGCUCCAAAGGUUCAUAAGGCGCAUACGUGUAAUUCUGUCUGUCCACUUGAUCUUCUCUUGCUCUAACGUGAUGUUUGCUCCGAUCAAGAUUAUGAAGGCGUACAAGCAGUUCAUCACGACAGUCGGAAAACUGCUCGGUGGUGAUGACCAGAUGGAGAUAAGAGCUGAAGAGAUCGUGGCCUUUGAAAAGAAACUGGCAAAGGUGAGAUUACUAGCCACACAAUUUUCAUUACACGAUUAUUCAAAGUUUAUGAAUAUCUUAGAUAGAUCAAGCACUCUAAGUGAUCAAAAAUCAUUGCCGUUAAGUAUUCUCUCACAUCUCUGUCUGUCUGUGUCCUCAUUCAAUGUGUUCUUCAGAUAAGUGUCCCCGAUGCAGACAAGACUGACACGUGGUUCAACCGAAUGACUAUUGGUAAACUGAAAAAAGAAGCACCUGGGGUAAGGAAAAGAUAAUCAAGUAAUAUUUCUUACUUUUUUUUUCUGGAAUAAAGAUGCAUCAGUUUUCAGUAGACUGGGGCCUACGAAUGAAGUUGGAGAAACCUGCAACUUUCGAAUUUCCCUAAGGGAGUGUACUUAAAAGAAUCUUCGGUUAGGGGGAGGAAGAAAUGCAAAAAAAAUUGUUUAAGUCAUUCUGUUUCCUAGAAUUCACUGUUCACCUCAUCUGAACUUCAGGUUUCAACAACCUCAGUUUUAGUCAUCCUGUGUUUUAACAUUCUCUAUAUUUAUUUUACAGUAUCCCUGGAUGAAACAUCUAUCUUCCAUCUUUUCCAACGAAACGCUGAAGGAUAGUGAAGAGAUAAUAGUUCCAGCGUUGCCUUAUCUUCAGAAUAUGACAAAAGUUAUCAAAGAGACUCCUAAGAGGUAAGACUUUCCUGCCAAAACCAUUUCGCAAAUUCUUCAUUCAGGUUAUGCCAUGUUAUAAUAAAGUUGGGAUAUAACGCGCGCCAUCAUCGGUUGAAAGAGCUAGUGUUUCUGGUGUUUCUCACUACACUUCUUUCGUGCUCUAGCCACUUCCUGUGUGCUUUACAACAGAACAGAGAACAGCCAAGGCUUCUCUAUUUGUUAAAUAACAGUACAGUAAGGGAACGGUCAUUAUUUAUAACCUGGGAGGGGUCGGAAGAUUUUGGUAGUGUCACAAGAAAAUUUACCUGAUCCCACUAGGGCUCUGUAAUAUUUUUGUAUGAUCUGCCCUCUUUGGCAGUUACUUGGUAAUCAAUUUUCUAUAUUCUUCACUUUAUACUCUGUUGGCGACUACUGCUUCCUCCUUUCCCCCUGAAAAUCCAUGUGAUAGCCCCCGCCCCCCCCUCUCCCCCUUAUCCCACCCAGGCGAUAGCUAAUGACCAAGAGAAUAUCAGUUGAUAUUCUCUUGGUGAUGACAGGUCUCUAAACCAAUAUCAAGAAGAUGAUUUGAACCAAUUCCGCGAUACUGCUGUUCUCUACUCCUAUCCUCAACUAUUCGUUAAAAAAAAUAAAUAGUAAUGCUCCAACAAAUGACGAUUGUGAUGCCAAUGUCACUCUAUGUCUGCCACACAUUAACAAAACAUUGUGCUUGAUACGGUAUUGCCAGGUUAUCACUGCUUUGGUCUCUCUUUAUUUUAGAAUCCUUGCGAACUACAUCGUUUGGAAUGUCAUUCAAGACGAAGUCUCUUUCCUUUCCAAGCCCUAUCGCAAGGCCCGAACACAGUAUAGAGAGAGGGUCCUGGGUUCCAAGGGUCAAAAGAAGAGAUGGAAGACGUGCGUGACUUUUACGAACGAGCUUUUGGGAGACAUUCUAGGAUCCGCUUACGUGGAGCAUCAUUUCAGUAACAGCAGCAAAAAGAUGGUGAGGAAAGAGUCGUACCUGAUUCUUUUACAAGCACAAAAAUUAACAAGACAUUUGAAAACAAAAAAAAUAGUAAUAAUAAAAAAAAAAAAAAAACUAGAUCAACCAUAAAAUUAAAUGACAAGUAACUGCAGUAAAUGAAAGUUAUUCAAUAAAAUACGGACUACGUCAUUAACUUGCGUUUUUCAUCACGUGUUCUAGGCAGAGGAUAUGAUUGUGGAGGUGCGCAAUGCUUUCAAAGAUAACGUCAACGCAAUCCCAUGGAUGGACAACAACACAAAAAUGGUGGUCAUGGAAAAGGUUUGCUUUUAUUAAUUAGGUCGUUUUCAUCACAAAGAACUGAAAUAAAUCACAUUCUGACCGGUAAAUGAUAACAAAUGUCGAUUGAUUCUCGCAAGAAAACUGCAAAUGAAUAAACUGCCUGAAAAAGACACUUGUAAAAAGUCAAGCUUCGAUAGGUUACGAACCAGUGCCUCUCAGACGCUAAUUGGUAGUUCUGCGCCAUUACCAAAUGAUUGAAAAGAACUUGAAAGUGGGAAUUUAAACCGCGUCGACGCCUUGAGUUUUUAAGCUUUUUGUACAAUUCUUCAGUCGCAGUUCAACAGUGGGGAUCAUUUACUGGCCCAUUUUGCCUCGUAUUGUCUUUAAAUUGUAGAUGGGUAGAAACUCUCCUCCUACAACCUUCUUAGUCUCCGCUGUAGCAGUCUUAUGGCUAUCCAGUCUAAUAUGCAUUUUAUAAAAUCUUUCUUUUUCCAUCAGGCAGAUGCAAUGCAUGAUGAGGUCGGUUUUCCGCGCUAUUUAGUUGAACAGGAAAAGUUUUCAAGGAGAUUCAAGAAGUACGACCACGUAAGUACUACGACCACGUAAGUGCUAUUCUAACACAAGUUUGUGGUAAGUUGUUCGUUAAAACUACAGAAUCAUUUUGAAAUAAUGAAAGAUGUAAAUUGGUAAAGAAUUAAAGAUGCAGCAUUUUGCUUUUAGUAACCUAUUCCUUUUUUACUUCUCAGGUAGAAAUAAAGAGUGACAGUCUUUUCAAGAAUAGAAUCGCGAUUUUAAAAAUGGCGCACCAAAGGAUGCUUAAGAAACUAAGAAAGCCCGUUGAUAAAGAAGAGUGAGUUAUCACUGCAGGUUUUUAAAUUAUUUAAAGUAAAGGGAUAGUAUCAAAAGUAAUAAAGUAAAGGGAUGGUAUCAAUAAUAACGAUGUACAUGAAAUAUUACGCACGUCUGAUUGGCUGAAAACGAGUGCAUUCUCAUGUAACACAAGUGCAAAUUACAAAUAGCGCGUGCGCGCUGCCAAAAUUUACGUCUGUCUUUACUCCCUGUGAUGUUUUGUCCUUGGCAUUAAUGAAAAGUAACAACAUGAUUUCUCGUGCAAUUUGGAGUAAAUAAGAAUUUGAAAUUUUUUCAAAGACUACACAUUGCACUUGCCUUACGGGCACGUGCAAUUCUGUUGUCUUUGAAAAAUUUACUUAUGCUUCUUAAGACAAAACUGCACUCGAAAUCAUGUCAUUACCUAUACUAAGAAAGUCCUUUCUUUUUGGUGCUUUCAUAGUCGGAAUAUGAGAUUAUACAUACAUUUGGCUCGAUCAAAUGUGGUUUCUCUUGUACAUUUGAAAGUGAGAGGAUUGCAAGAUUUUCCCAUGUGAACAACAGUGACGUUAUUGUCUUUUGACUCCGUAGUUCAUUGAAUUGAUAUACGCGAGUCCUUAUUCACUUUUUAUUCAAGUUUUCAUUCAUUUAUUUAUUCUUUCCUUCAUUCAUUCAUUUCUUUCAAUCAUUCGAUUGUUCGCUCGUCGGUUCAUUCGUUCCCUUGUUCAGUUUAUUCCUUUGUUCCUUCAUCCGAAUUCAUACAUCGAUAUCUACUUACUGGAUUUCUUACGUUCUCCAAAUAAGAUACAAAAUUGUUAGUAAUGUGAUUAGUAUUACAGCGUGAACAGUGUUUUCAGAUGAGUGUUCUCAAUUCUUUCUAUUAAAACUCAGGUGGCCGAUGGACCCACAAACGAUUAACGCAAUGUACAGUUUUAACGAAAAUGAAAUAAGUGAGUAACAUAAAUUAUAAUUUAUUUCUUCAAUCAUUCCUUCUUUUAUUCAUUUCUGCGCGACUUUUGUAUGUUGACUUCACCUAUUUUUGCAUGAUCUCUAAGCUAUAAAAGGCCAGCUCUUUACAUUUAUGCGAAUAUCUUAUUUUAAACUUAUCAUCUCCUGUUUUAACUCCUUUGAUCUUCAGUUAUUCCAGCCGGAAUUCUCCAACCUCCAUUCUUUUACGCAAAGGGGAGUCCAAGGUAUGAGUUGAAAAUUUCCAAGACGAAAAUUGAAAUAAUUUUUGAUGAAUGAUCAGUUGCACUGCCAUACGAAGAAAGAGCUUUAACAGCGAGUCUUGAUUUCCACUUGUAAAUCUCUAAAGAACAUUUGAUGGAAAUAUAAUAGAAACAAGAUAUCUUUUUCUUAUCAUCAGAUCGUUGAGUUUUGGAGCUAUUGGAUCAAUUCUUGGUCAUGAAUUGACUCACGGAUUCGACAACACAGGUUAGUAAUGAUUACUUUAUUCGACUAAAAAUCUUCAACUGCAUAACACCCUCUCAUCCGCUUAGCUUCGAUCGACAUUGAGAAUGAAUUCUUCUCAAGAUCUCGAAAAGACUGUAAUGUUUCCCUCAAACAGUGCGCCGGAGUGAUUGACAUUGCUCAAGCGGGAAGUCAGUCGUGCGAUAUCUGCUCUCUUUCUGAUUGCUGGCUACGAAGGUUCGGAUAAGUUAUUCAGAAAAGUGUCGUAGCAUCAGCUUGAAGUUCCUGGGGGUCAGUUCGGGAUAUCAGACUUAAUAAGAAUAAAAAAGUGAUUCAUGACUGUCAGUAUAUGGAACACAAAUCUACGCUCGAGGAUGCAGUCUCUUGUUCUAGAGUUCAAAAUAUCCAAGUCUCAACAAAACAAAACUCAAUUUUUUUUAUCCUCCUUUAUUUUAAAGGGGGUUUAUGAGAUGCUUAAUUUAUCAAAAUAUUUCCUUAUUCAAUUUGCGUAUUUAUUCAUUUAGUUUUUUGCCUUGAAUAGGUCGAAAAUUCAACAAGAAUGGCGAGCUAACUGCUCAGUGGUGGUCUCAAGACUCGCUCGAUGGAUUCAAUGCUAAGGCAAAAUGUGUGGAAAACCAGUAUUCUAUGUACAAAGUCAGAGAUAAAUAUCCAGUAAGUAGAAAAUUAACAGGCUAAUUUCUAGUUCACAUUGCCAUAGAAAUCAGUCAGCAAUUUAUCAUUUAACCUCUAUCUAAUGUUGCUUUUGUAUGAUUUUCCAGGGAGAUAUUUUUUUCCUCAAAUUCUUCUUCUUCUUCAUAUCUUGUUUCCAUGGUUAUGAACAAAUAAUUGUACAACAUAGAGUUAUCAUGAAUUUUGUAUUAGAAAGUUCUUGCACAGUUCUUAUCAACGAUGAUUACUCUCCUGGCGAUCGAUUUUAAUCCAGGUCAUUUUUCUGUAGAUUAACGGAAAGCUUACUCUUGGCGAAAACAUUGCUGAUAACGGAGGGUUUAAAGCGUCGUUCAUGGUAAGUUGAAAUGAAUUUCUUAUAGUUACGGAUCUAGAUAUCAAGAAUACACUUGAGCAGUAUAACCCUCGUGAAAUUUAUAGAUUGAUUUUUUUUGUUUUGUUGACUUCCUAACUUGAGACUAUCUAAAUUAAAGCUAUCGUGAAUUUGAUUACAAAGCGCUGAUGAGCCAUGAUAAAUUAACGCUAUAGAAAUGACUGUGAGCGUCGGUACGCGUUCUUAUUCAUUCAGUCCUUUUCCAUUUUUUAUAUUUUUAGGCCUACAAGAACUGGUUGCGCAAAAAUGGCCAAGAAGCUUGGCGAUUACCGGGCAUAAAUUUCACAAGUGAACAGCUAUUCUUCAUAGGAUUUGGUCAGGUAAUUAACUGAUUCAAUCAAACUCUGUCAUGAAUAUAAGUUACAUAAUGCCAAGAGGAGAUCUGGUAAUACACCAGGUUCCUUAAACUCUCAUGAGUGACCAAGACAGAAUUUCUCCUUACAAUAUCAAUACAACCAGAUAAGCGAUGAGAAUAAAGAAAUAUGUCAAUUUCGGGAUAAUUAGUUGAUCCAUUGCUAAAUUCUCUGAACUAACAUUAUAAGAAUAGUACGGUUGAUAGAAAGGAGAAUAACAAAUUUGAUCUGGGAGUUAAGUGGUUAAAGCUUGAGCCAUACCCUGAUUGGUGUCUCGAAGGGGCUUGGAAAGUGAUAGUCUCCUUGAGAGCCAUUUCUUGGUCCUCUCACGCAAUACCCUUCUGGUGAGAGUCUCGACGGGGUUAACCAUUGGACGAAAUCGGCGAGAAAAAAAGGUGAUUGUCGUUAGGCGUAAAAGUUGACAAAUUUUAAUCGUUAGUCGUAAAAAAAGUUAACCGUGAAAUUUUUUCUUUAUAUUACAACGAAAAAAAAUCAACCGUUAGCCGUGAAAUAGAGAAAUUUUAACAGUUAGCUGUAGGAGCCAUCAUCCCAUUAAGACCCUCUUCUGGUAGGGGAGAGGGUGUGUUGCGUUAUGGGAUCAAAGAAUGGACAAAGGGGGAGAGGUACAUGAAACGAACAUUAAGACACAGAGAACAGAGAUGUGAUACCAAAGGAGGAGGGGGAAACAGCCAAUGACUAAUGAGUAGAAAGGAAAAUUGGUAGUAAAGUACUUGGACUGUUUCAUUAACAACUCUUUUCAUCUUUAUUACUACAAAGGCUUAUUGUAGUAAUAGCCGUCCAACGGAACAGUACCUGGCGACAUUAAGUGACAGGCACUCGGAGGAAAAAUUCAGGUGAAAUACGAAGUUUGUUGUUGUUGUUGUUGUUUUUUUUUUAACAGACUGGUCAAUACGUUUUGUAGCUUCCUCUCUCUUUACAAAAUCAAAAGCAAUAUCAUCUGCCCGUUGCGAAUUUGAAAUCGGGCAAUUUCGCCGUAUCUACAUUUCAGAUAACCUCUCCUUGAAUCCAAUUUUUCUUUUUCUUUUAUAGAAUGUAGAAGGGUGCCUUCAGGUAGAACACGCAUGUACUAGACCAAACAUUAGUUUAAUCUAAGCUUAGGGACGUAAGGAACAUUUUCUACUUGGAAGGAGUCCAAUAUUCACAUUAUGUCUGUACCUUAGGGGGCUCUCAUAGAGGGGGGGGGGGUACUGUAAUGUGGUGUCAUUUUUAGAAAUUAUCACCGAGAGACCAUGAGCUCUAUCACGCUAUCACUUUUGAAUAUCACAGAUAAGGUUUAUAUACACCGUACCCCAAGAGGCCUCUUUCCUCCCUCAGCUACGUCCUUAGAGCUUGGGGAAUGUCUGCAGAAUGCAGGGGAGGAUUUUUUAAUUGUUAAUCUUUGCAACGCCAGGUUAACAUUCCGAUAUUUUCUCCAUCCAAUUGUUAGAGUUAUCGGAACGCUGUCUAACUCAUACGACUUUGCCAAAGCGUUUAAAUGUAAACCCAAUCAGCCUAUGAAUCCCACAAGCAAAUGUGCCGUGUGGUGUAAAGACGAAUUGGAACUUUAGGGUGUGACUGGUUACAAAGCACCUACGCGGGAACUUUCGGGUAUGGCUGGCUCGAUGUAUCCCACAUGGCCUCUUUGUGCCUAUGCUGGCCGUGGAUGCGAGAUGAUAGCUUCUAAAAGGAAUGGAGUUACUUUUAUUGUGUGUAGUUUAUACUGCAUCGUCUUUGACAGCUAGUCUAACAUCCUGCCUCUAAAUCAUUUCUCUUUCCUAAGCUUGUUGCCAUUUUAUUUCUGUAUUAUCGAUGAUCAUGGAUCUAUGUCAGUUUGUAAAAUAAUAAUGAUGAUAAUCGGACUGCUGGAAAUUUAUUUCAUAAAAUGGAAAAAGGAAUCAAAUUGAAUAUCAACAAAAGCUUACCAAUUUUCUAGCAAUUAGUAAGGUCCAGUAAAAAGUUAUUUUGUUCACUACCAAUUUUCAGGCUGCUUUUGGCUCGGAGGAAAGUCUUUCCAACUUCGGCGGCGGUGGAAAACUUUCCAAAAUAGAGGCUGAUUGAUUACAAAGAACUUAAUGGAACUGAAAAACAUUCCAUUUUCAAACGCAAGCAGACAGUAUCUAUCUCUGCAAAACCGGAACGCAUUUUAAGUAGAUAAUCUGAGGCUGAAUAGUUAACAAAAAAAUCGUGUACUGCGCCGAUUUGCGUGCGGUGAAUUAUUUCAUCUGAUUUUCACAACAAAAUGUAAAAGACAUAUUAAAAAUAAGGAUGAAAUACUGAUGAGACAUUGAAAGUUACAGGGUUUAUAAACUGCAGGUUUAUUCAAAUCCACAACUAUUUAUAGUCGAUUUAUGAAUUUUCAGUCGACUCUGAGCAGAUCCAGGCAAAUCUAUCUUCGUCUUCCUCUCGCCAUAGUAUAAGACUAUGAAAGCAAAAAAAUGACAAUAAUUGUAGAAAAUUUCUUGGUUAGUAACAAAAGGCAUUUAUGCAAGUCUAGUGUAGAAAAAGAAUUUUAGUUUUGUUUUGUUUUGUUCGAGGAAAUGACAUGAACGGCUGAUACAUUUAAAAUACAGGAUAAAAUGAGUACUCUUUAUCCUUCUUUGAAUAAAUUGGCGAGAACAAGAAGAUAUAAAAUCAAUUUUCCAUCUCUUGGCCGGUAAGUGAUUAAUUUCUCAUCGAAAUGCGCGUCCACAGCGGACUCGCUCUCGAUAAAAUAUCCAUGGACGGCCGAAAAAAAAAGAAGAAGAGGCCAGCCAGCUUUCUCUGAUCUUGUCAGCAUACCUCGAAAGCUUCACCAUGACAUCACUUCUCAAGUCUUCUAUCGCAUUCAGGGGGACUGAGAACGAAUUUGUCAGUGACAAAGCUUUAGGUUGGGUGAAUGAUAUUUUUCUUAAUUACUUUAGGUGAUACUUGUCAAAUGAAAUUUUAUUUGUAAUUUUAAUAAAAGAAGCAUGCUGG